UCACCUGGCGCAGUGGUGGUUUGCUUUCUAACGGAAGAGGAGUUUGCAUUAGACGAAGCGAAGACGUGACGGUAUGAUCAGCCGGCUUAAAAGCACACUGCCCUACCUGGGGACCGCUUCUACACACACCCAUUCAUUCCGUAUGCAAAGACGGUACUACACGCAUAGAGAGGCGCAUUCAAAACCACCAGGUCCUCCACCUGCUUUCCUGCAUCGCGCACCACUGCGGCAAGUUACGCGAAAGUUCAAUCAACUCAACCCAACCACCUACAGGUGGGUGACAACCGCUCGAAUGGCUACAACGAACCGCGAAGUUUUCACGAUAAUCAGUGUAUCGCACCACACAACGUCCAUAGCUUAGCUUGAGACACUUUGCACCAACCUGUGGCUGUUUAGGGGGUGAUUUGAAUUGGACUUGCCCCGGGGGACUACUGUCGGCUCCAUCGUUACGCCGCCGUGACUGACUGACUGACUGGUAUCAUUAUCAUGAUUAAAAUCGACAAUAAAUUACUUCCCAAACAGGUUGUAGUGGCGUAGAGUGAGAAAUACCGGGCGAAAAUAAUCAUUCGAUUAGUUAACACACAAACACACCCACGGAUCUCACGGAGCACUAAACAGAGUGUGUGCGAUUGCGAUUUACGUGAUCAAAUUUGGCUUAUGUUGGGCAUUAAUUUGUUUUCCAAAUGCGUUACUUCGCUCUCGCUUUUUUUGUCCAUUUUCACGGCGGAAAAUGGCCAAACAAUGAAAAACCAGAAACCAAACCACGCUGGCGGAGAGUAAGCGGAGCAGACGGAACACAACGGUGGAAAUAUGCGGAAGUCGAACAAACACAAUCUUACACGCAUACGAUGUUGCUAGGCCUCUUUUUUGUGAAUUUGGCUCGUGGUAAGAGGCGAAUAAGAGAUCGAUAGUGAUAAUUUUGGCCGAUGAAGUAACACGAUUGCAAGCAGGAACAAAAAAAAAUGGCAUGAUGGGUGAAUUGUAUUAAACUAAAAGCAGCAGCAAACAAAACAAAAAGCCCACGAACGGAAAGGCUUGUUGGAGAGUUGGUGAAAAACUAAGUGGCCCCAAAGUAAUAAAGACCUUGAAGCGGUUUAAUUACACGGUUCGGGAGAACAACAGGCGCCUAGUGCUGAACGGUGCCGUCGGUUAAAUUAUGUCCUGUUUCAUUUGAUGGAAAUUCCUUCGACACGCACGAAUAGCGCAGCUAAUGCGUUUACAAAGAAGACGCCGUGUGGCCGCCUAAUGGUUACAAUAUUGAUUUUCUUAGCUUAGUACAGAGAGGAAAUGAUCUGUAAACAACAACGGUACACCAUUUACGUACACAGGUGUAAGAACUAUUUUGGAGGGAAUUCCGCAAACAUUCCACUUCCAAGAUAAACAUUUUCCUUUCUUAGAGUCCCUCGAAUGUACUACCAAUUGUACGGAAAUGUCCAAAAUUCUUCAAAAAUUCCAUUGAAUAUAACACAACACUAUUCACACGACAUCAGUAAUAACAUCAUCCAAACCUCCCAGAGAGAAGAGCCGAUCUUUGAAUCUAGAAAACUCCAAACCUUUCCAUACGAUUAUAAAGCAAUUUUGUAAAACGUAAUGGUUCCAAAUAAAUUAUACUUUUAGCAUUUAAUUACACUUUCCAUUAAAUGACACACACGAAUUGCUAACUUCUGACUUCAACUCCGAUGACUCUAUCAGUCCGACGAGCAACAGCAAACAGAGUGUAUCAGAAAGAGUGCAAAACCAACUAGCAAACCUAACCAUGAACUUCCCCGUCAAUGGACGAUGGCCCAGUCUCGUACUGCUGUGCGGUGUUGCCUUAAUGUUCCUAACGGCCCAGUCCUACGGUGCCUCGCAGCCUAACCGCAAACUCGGCAACACUACCAACUCCCACGUCCUGCGCAUUACCAAGCUGCAGUGUAUCGAGGCACCGUACAAGCGGACGCAACUGGACUACUGCAAAAUGAUCCAGUUCCCGAACGGGACUGUCGGGCUGAACACUUCCGUCACCAUCCCGCAGGUGCUGAACUACUUCGAGGUAACGGCCAAGCUGUACUACAAGUACAAAACCUACCGCCCGUUCAUGAUCGACUGGAGCAUCGAACUGUGCCAGGCGGAGCGGAUCGGCAAGUAUAAUCCUUCCACCGCACUGGUGAUGCGAAUCAUGGAGGAAAGCGUGCCCGAGUUUUACUAUCCCUGUCCGCACGGUAAUCGUACGUACGCCACCUUUUGGAUGUUUGAACCGAGCUACAUACCGUCGACCUUACCGUCCGGGGACUAUCGGCUGGACGUGUUCUUCCGUGACUCGACGCGCUCUAUAAUCUACGCCUUUCAGAUGUACUGUUCAAUGCGCAAGCAGGGCCUUCUUGGAUUAGCGAACAAGAGGACUUAA